AUGUGUUCCACUAAGCAUAAGCAAAAGCAUAGGAGCUCCUCCGCCGCGUACACCGUCGUCGACAAGGCCUCUUCGGCCUCCUCAGAGGAAGACGGAGACUGGAGGCAAGAAGCAAUCAACGGUGGAUCUCUCAAGCUUGUAGACCUCGAUACUGGAUCCAAUGGUUGGGCGUCCCCUCCCGGUGAUCUAUUCUCUCUCCGCGGCAGUAACUACUUCACCAAGAAGCAGAAGUGCCCCUCCGGUCCAUGGCUCCUUCAUCCUGCAGGUGUCGAUUGGCUCCGUUCUGCAUCUAAACUCGACCACGUCCUAUCACGCGCCGACAACCGUGUGAUGCACGCGCUUAGGAAGUCUCAGUGCGAAGGAAGCAGCACUGCGAAGAGUUUCGUAUUGGCCGUGAACUUACAGGUUCCAGGUAGGGAUCAUCAUAGUGCUGUGUUCUACUUCGCAACAGACGAUCCGAUUCCCUCCGGUUCACUUCUCUAUCGUUUCAUCCACGGCGACGACGCCUUCCGCAACCAGCGGUUUAAGAUCGUGAACCGUAUCGUCAAAGGGCCGUGGAUCGUGAAAGCCACCGUCGGGAACUACUCCGCUUGCCUGCUCGGAAAAGCCCUGAAUUGCCACUACCACAGCGGCCCGAAUUACCUAGAGAUUGACGUCGACAUCGGUAGCUCGAAGGUCGCCACUGCGAUUCUGCGUUUGGCGUUGGGGUGCGUCACGGCUGUGACAAUCGAUAUGGGGUUUGCAGUUGAAGCUCAGGAAGAAGAGGAUUUACCGGAGAAGUUGUUUGGAGCAGUUAGGAUAUGUCAAAUGGAGAUGUCUUCUGCGACGUUCGUCGAUACAGCAACAAAUAGACCAUUGACACAAACAGCUCACAGUAAUCGUGUUCAAGCAUCGGAUCUGCAGGAUGACGAUGACGAUGACGACGCGAAUAUUAAUAUUGAGAAAUGA